CCUUCACAAAAGUUACAUUUCAAAGCAAUACUGAAGAUAAUUUAAAAUGAACAGGUUGGCAGAGUUUAUAACAUACAUUACUCAACACGUCGUAAGUAUAGAGUUAACAAUAACCCCUCCUUAUGUUGGUGUCCUCCUCAUUGCUUUCUUUACUGUAAUUGUACCCAACAUUUUAAUCAUGGAGAUUGACACAUUUAUUAGACGUGUUAAGGUGAAUAAACAACUAUUAGAGUGUGGAAGAGAGUUUUUAAAAGAUCUGCAAGACACAAGGAGCAUUAGUUCGAACGAAUCAUUCACUAUAACCUUAUCUGAUACUGAAACAGACGCAGAAUACAAACGUUUAGUCAAUACGACUCCGGAGGAGUACAUACGCUUACACCGAAACGAUUAAAGCCACAUACAUAUUAUAUAUUAAUGUAUUUUUUACAAAUAAAUUAACAGUAAUAUUAA